CUUUUUUUUUGGUUUUUACAAAAUUCACAAAUGCAGCCACAGAGGCUGCCAGAAGAGUAGAAAGCUCCUGGUUUCACGUGUCUUUCUAGAAUGAUGGAUACAAAGUCAGGACCUUGACUAUUAGAAUUCUUCAACAACAAUGGAUAUAGCUGCAAUCUAUAGAGCACACAGUGAAAGGGAAGACUAAUACAACUAAAUAUUUGAGCAACAGAACUGCCUUUGCUGUUAGAAAACAAAAAAGCAGCUGUCCCCCUCUCCAUGGACUCCAAGCUUCUUGUCUAGGGAUGUUGAAAAUUUGUCAGUCUGGGUUUGGUUUAAUUUAAAGUUUAAACCUAAAUCCCUUGGCAGCACUUUAACCAUCUGCUCCACCCAGCUUUGAGCUAAAAGACUAUAAUUUUGUACAAACACAGAAGUAUCGUCCAAGCUUUGAUGUAUUGCAUUUGAGUUUUUAUCUGGACCUUUUGCAUACUAAAGUCAGAAGAAAUUAUCUGUGGGAAAAAAAAAAACUACUAAGAAGAACUUAGAGGAAUGGAAGUCACUGGAAAAGUUGAACAGCUAUUGUAAAUUUGAUUAUGUCUUUUUAUAGCUGUGGCCAAUCUUUGAGGUGACACUAUUGGUUACAGCCUGCAGUGACAAGUAACGCCUGUCAUGGCACACUUUUUGGUCAAGUGCUUCUAGUUUCCUGUUUAGCCAUUCUCAGAUUAAAUAGCUGCAAAAGGACAUUCUGUAUCAUGUUUGCAGUCUGGGUGGUGCUUUAAGAAGAACAGAAGAAGGGAAGUGACUGGAAAAGUUGAUAAUCUACUGUAAAUUUGAUCAUCUACUGUAAAUGUGAUCAUCUGUACAUUUGAUUAUGUCUUAAGUCUUUGUUGGAGAAGUGUACUACUUCCUACAGUUCCAACUUCAUCAUCAUUACAGUCUUUAAGAUGAAAACGAGAAGAAAAAUGGCCUCAGGGGAGGUAAGCUGGCCAAUUCCUAUGAAGGCCAUAGGAGCACAAAACCUCUUGACCAUGCCAGGUGGGGUGACGUUUUCCGGAUAUCUCCACAAGAAGGGAGGUACACAGAUUCAGAUUUUAAAAUGGCCAUUACGGUUUGUCAUCGUACACAAAGGGUGUCUUUACUACUUCAAGACAAGCACCUCUGAUUCUCCACAGGGGGCGUUUUCUUUAAAUGGGUACAACAGGAUAAUGAGGGCGGCAGAAGAGACAACAUCAAGUAAUGUCUUCCCUUUCAAAAUUGUGCACUUCAGCAAAAAACACAGAACGUGGUACUUCUCUGCAGCAUGUGAGGAGGAAAGAAAGAAAUGGAUGUUAUGUUUGAGAAAAGAAAUUGACUAUUACCAUGGCAAAAUGGAUUAUCAGGCUCAGCAAAGUGUUUCAGGUUUUGACUCGGAAAGCUUUUAUGGCUCUGUUGAACGACCUAUUGACAUAACAUAUACCCCUGAAGCAUCGGACAGUGGUGACUAUGUAGAAGAGGAAGAUGAAGGGGAAGAUGAAGAUUAUUUGAACCCAGAUGAAUCACAGGAAGGAAAUAUUUUAAAUCGACCUAAUGCACCCCCUCCUGCCUAUCCUCCGCCUCCUGUUCCACUUAAGUCAUACCGGCAUGAAACGCCACCUCCUCAGCAAACCACAGGAUUCAGGGCAAUGCCCCCAAAUAUUCCACCUGCUCCCAAGAAAAGUCUACCAGAGUUACAAUUUCCCAGAAAGGAAUCUCCACCAUUUCCACCACACAAAAGAAGUGAAUGUGAACUACCCAAGUCAGCAGCUGUGAUUCUCAGCAAAGGCCUCCCUCCACAGUUACCGAUGGUCUCCCAUUUGAAGAAGCCAGCCACUGACACAAAAGAGGUGCCUGUUAAACUUCCAAAGUGCAGUCCAAUUUGCAGUGAUCUUGAGAAAAAGCUAGCUGUGAGCAACAAACCCUCCCAUGCCAACUUGCCACAUUUUACUAGUAUUGAGAACAAGCUUCCUGAAAGCAACAAACCCUCACAUGUUACUUUUCCGGAAGCAACACCACCACAAAACCCCAAGCUGACUCUGGGGUGUGAGAAGCCUGGGAUGUACAAGCCCCCACUGAUGCCCAAACCUCCACCUGCUAGAGUGAAGCCAAAGCCAAAACAUCACAGACAAUCCUUACAGAGAUCUUCAGCAGAUGGACAAAGUUUCCGUUCUUCAGUGGAUGAAGAGCCAGCACAUUUGCGAACUAAAUCCCAGUCAAACAAUUAUGACUCCGAUGAAGACUAUGAAAAGGUGCAAUUGCCUAACUCUGUUUUUGUUAGUACAACAGAGACAAGUGAGGUUGAAAGGUUAUUUAAAGACACUGAUCCAAGAGGUCAUCCACAGGAUGGAUUGUACUGUAUAAGGAAUUCAGCAACCAGGACAACAAAGGUCUUAGUUGUAUGGGAUGUAACUACAUACAAAGCAAGGAACUUCAGAAUCUUUGAAAAGGACUCCAGGGUCUUUCUAGAAACUGACCUGACAUUCCCUUCAUUAGAAGCAUUGGUUGAGCACUACUACAACCAUGUUCUACCCAGCCAUGAUACACUCCGUCUUCAGAAACCGUUUGUACAUCAAAAUGUGUUCAGUUAGCAUUGCUGGGAAUUGGUGCCAGUGGUCUGUUGUUCAUUGAGCAAUAUUUGUUUUAGGAAGAACAAAACAAAACAAAACAAAUGUGCUCAAAAAGGCAAAUUCAGGGCUUAACAUCAGUUUGCUGCAAGACUUACAGAGCAAAGUUCCAGAAAGUUACAAAAAUGUCCUGGGUGGAUUAGCAUCUACCGAGAAAUGUGUUGAACUCAACCUCUGGUAUAUUGGGUCAAAUAGGAUAUAUAUGUCCCUGUGGCAGUCAGAUUCAGGUAUUUAUAAUAAUAAUAAUAAUAUGUAGUGGGAAAUGUGGGCGAGUAGGGUAGCCUAUUGUAGAUUUGCUACCAGUAUUUUGAAUAUGUACUGUACUAAACAUUUUGACUGGAUCAUUUUUAUAUCAAUUAAAGUCUGUUUCAAACCUCUUUUCAAAAUGGCCGCUCUAGUGCACUGAUAGUGUAAGGAUUGUUUCCCACAUUGUCAAACAGGUAACAUAGCAAUAACGAUCCAUGAUGUGGUACGAAACUGAAAUCCAGAGCACUUUUUAUGAUUUUUUUUUUUUAAUCGCUCUUCCUGUAGAGAGGACCGAUCUUAAACCCCAGUGCACUAGAGCGGCCAUUUUGAAAAAAAAGCUUUGAAACAGACUUUAAAGUUAUAAGUGUAAAAAGUUGCCAGGUUGUUAACAAUGAAAAGAAAAAUUACAGGUACAUUCUUUAAACAGUUGUAGCAACACAUGGAGGCGUGUAAUGCUAUCGGAACCCCGCUACUUAAUCUUUAAGGGGCAUUCUACUUUUUUUAGAUGUCUUUUGGAUCAGAUGUUAAAAAAAAAAAAAAAAAAAAACUGUCUUCUUGUGCAGUAAAUAAUGCAAGGCACAAUGCUGAAAAUGAUUAAAGGUGUGAUGACCUUCAGUGUCCUGAUUUAAAUUAUGCUAGAGGUCCACAGUUCUGGCCUGGCUUAAACUGAAAAUAUAUGUAUUAGUGCGAUUGUAUAUUGGAGAAUGUGAAUCCUAAACUUAAAGAAAUAUCUUGCAGUUACCUUAAAACAAUUAUAGCUUUCAAAAUAAUUCCAUAAAUCUUACCUCUUUUGACCUUCCAUUAGUCUCAAAUGUGCAGUUUUGAAAGAAACAUAUGUUUUAGCAAACUUGUAUUUUUUAUUUUAAAGAUGAUGUGUUACCUUUUCAAGUUUAAAUUUGUCAGAGCAGGUUUCUGGAAUUGGAAGGCUAGGGUUCUGGAAUUAUUUUAUUAGCUACAUACAAUCACUUUAAUAUCUGCUCAUCUUUUAAGGUUGUUUUUUUAAUACUGGAAUGUAACAUCCCUUAUAAAAGUUUACUUGGAAAAUCUGCAAGGAAGUUUUCCAGUUUCAUGUUGAGCCUGUUCCCAUUCUUGUACUUUGCAUUUGUUUUGAACAAUUUGUGACAGUAAAUAGACUGAGCGCAUGACACAAUGGUGCAAUAUGUUCCAUAUCUCCUAUUUAAAGUUAAAAUCUGCCUAGUGCUUUUUGAAAGUAGCUUGUCUGGCUAAAACAAUGUAUACUCUGUAUCUCUUCACUGUAAUAAGUAACAAAACACAUGUAACAAGUACUGUAUUAAGUCUAAAAGAAAUGUACAUGGAAAGGGCAUGCAUGCCGUAAAUUACACAGUACUUUUAUAUAUCUAAAUAUAAUUACUGAAAGUGUAUAUUAUAAAUUAUAAAUGUAUAUAGAAAGUCUUAAUAGGUCUGACUAACAUAUUUGUUAUUACCAUUAAACGGUAUAAUUAUUUACAUGUAAUUGUUGGCAUUGUAUAUAAAAUAAAAUAUAUUCUUGUAAUAA